GAUACAUAUAUACAUAUUAUCUUUCAGAAACCCAGUUGUUUUUAAUUUUUUAUAUCCGACAUGAAAAUUGACUAUUCCGGUGAACAUAUGUUUUAAAAUCAGAAGUGGUGUUAUGAUAUUGAGUUACACAAAAACGGUUACUGAUUAAUUAUUUAUAAUCUUUCCGCAAUGAUAAUUUUUAAUGCAAUAUUGUAUUAUUUUAGAAAUAUAUAUUAAAUUAUUCAACACCCUCUGUCUCGUAUAAGAGAGAUUUCUGUUUACACUUUUGAUGCAAUCUCUAUUUCACCUGAGGCCGAGCUAGAAAUAACUCAUUUGCCACGUCAAACUGUAUUAUCUUCAUUAUGGCAGCUCAGGUACACGAAUUCAGCGUUGAAAUGACAUGUGAAGGAUGCUCAACUGCUGUACAGAAUGUGCUUAAAAAAAAAGCAGGUGUCGACAAUAUCAAGAUAGAUUUACCAGAGAAAAAGGUAUCCGUGACUACUGCGCUUGAUUCAGAUGAGAUUUUGGAGACAAUCAAGAAGACAGGAAAAACAUGUCAAUUCUUAAGGUCACAAAAAUGAGGAUCUAUACAGUGUGAUUAUGGUGCUGCUAAUAUAUCAGGCAUAUAUUAUAACAGAAAAAUUUUGUUAUAAUAUACAUGUUAUACUUUCUCUAUUAAAAAAAAUUAUAUUUUAAUGGUUCAUUUGAUAUGUAUACAAAAGUACAAAAAUAGUUUAAAAUCUUAUGUAGUAAAAUAUUUUUUAUAUACAGUUCAUACACACACAUCACACUCAUAUUACAAAUUAAAGUUUCGAAUUUGCAAUGCAUUAUAUGAUAUUGCAAUUAUACAUAUAUUUAUAUUAACCAUGAUGCUCAAUAUAAUAGAAAAAAGAAAAACUUUAAUGUGUAAUUGUUGUAAUAUAUUUCAUCAAGUUAUUUGCAAUUCAAAUUCUGCUUGAAAGAUAUAAUUAAUUAUCAAUUUUUCACACACACGCACACACAUAUUAUUCUAAUCAAUAAUUAAAAAAUUUUUAAAUAG